ACUGGGGGUGUGGAAUCAUAGCCACUGGGCCACCAGGGAAAUCCCAUCCCUUUUUUCCUUUUGCCUGGAAACUAGAGGGUAAUUUCUCUUCCAUCUAACAGAUAUAUGUGCCAAUAACAGGUCACCUUGUUUUCCUAGCAAAUGGGCAGAGUGAGGCGGAGUGCGUGCUUCGCCCUCAUGGAACCCAAAGAGCAUCUGGUGAAGUGAUGAACUCUAAGCCAGGGAGCUCUUCUGUGCUUCAGACUUACACUGUCUCCUUCCCCACAUCGCAUGUGCCGUGGGAACCAGUUGAUCCUGAGCCCCAGACCAAAGGGACCUCAGGCAGAGCUCGUCAGACUGUGAAGGGCGUGCAGAUCCCCAAGGGAUCCUGAGUGGGGUCCUGCAGGUCUCACGAGCUGCCUGUCCCGGCUCAGAGCUGAGUGACGUGGACCAGGAAAGCUGGGACGUGAGAAUCACACAUAUGGAGUUCCAGUGAUUUCACAGAAAAACUCUGGCUAUGGGUAGUGAUGUAGUCCUUAUGAGUCCUAAUUUCUUCAUCUGUAGGGUGGAGGAAAUUCUCAGCUCUCAAGGUUGUCAUAGUAUCAAAGAGAAGGUGCGUGGCAACUACCAAACCAGUGCCUCUCACACCUGAGCAGUUGUUGAAUGUGAGCUGUGACUGGUAUUAAUUGGACCCUUGUUUGGAGGAGAGGCACACGUGUGGGGGACUGGGUGUGUGUGUGCGUCUGUGUGGAUGGGGCGUGAGGGACAAGAGACCCCGGCAUUGGAGAAGCAUUCCUGGGAAGCCGCUGUUCACUCCAGUGCGACUUUCUGACACAUCUUUCAAGCGCCUUAUUUUUCUUUCUUUUCCAUUUCUUGCCAGACUUAGACAAAAAAAAGCCCGUGGAGCUGAAGAUGGACCAGGCUCUACUGCUCAUCCAUAAUGAGCUGCCCAGGACAAACCUGACCGUCUACUGGAAUUUCGAUUGCUGUUACCAUUGCCUGCUCCGGGUUCUGGCCAGCGUCUCCCAGGGCAGGAAGGCCGGGGAGCCGGGCGUGGCAGCAGUGGCUGUGAGCACCCAGCACUGGUCCAUCUUGCAGCUGAACGACACUGCGGAGGACACGGAAGUUUGUAGGCUGGAGUACAAAUUUGGAGAAUUUGGAAACUAUUCUCUGUUGGUAAAGCACGUCCGUGACGGAGUCAGUGAAAUUGCUUGUGACCUGGUCGUCAACAAGGAGCCAGUUGACAGUAACCUUCCUGUGGGUAUCGCGUUCCUCGUCGGCAUGGCACUAAUCAUCGUGGUGUCCAUCCUGAGGUUCUUGCUGAGUUUGGAAGACUUUCAGAAUUGGAUUUCUAAAGCAAUCAAUUCUCGGGAAACCGAUCGCCUCAUCAAUUCUGAGCUGGGGUCCCCGAGCAGGGCGAGUGACCCCCAACCAGAGGCCUGGCGUCGGUCGGCGGCCCCACUGCGCCUCCGCUGCGUGGACACGUUCCGAGGGAUGGCGCUCACCAUCAUGGUCUUCGUGAACUACGGAGGCGGGAAAUACUGGUACUUCAAGCACUCGAGCUGGAACGGGCUGACGGUGGCUGACCUUGUGUUCCCAUGGUUUGUGUUUAUUAUGGGAGCUUCGAUUUUCCUGUCAAUGACUUCCAUUCUGCAGCGGGGAUGUUCAAAAAUCAGACUACUGGGGAAGAUCGCGUGGAGGAGUUUCCUGCUAAUCUGCAUAGGAAUUUUCGUUGUGAACCCCAAUUAUUGCCUCGGUCCAUUGUCCUGGGAGAAGGCGCGCAUCCCCGGCGUGCUCCAGCGCCUGGGGGCCACCUACUUCGUGGUCGCCGUGUUGGAGCUGCUCUUCGCCAGGCCGGUGCCCGAGACCUGCGCCUCGGAGAGGAGCUGUUUUUCUCUGCUGGACAUCACGGCCAGCUGGCCCCAGUGGCUCUUCGUGCUGAUCCUGGAAGGCGUCUGGCUGGCCUUGACCUUCUUCUUACCGGUUCCCGGGUGCCCCACCGGUUACCUGGGGCCAGGUGGCAUCGGAGACGGGGGUAGGUACCGGAACUGCACGGGCGGCGCUGCGGGCUAUGUGGACCGCCUGCUCCUGGGCGAACAGCACCUCUACCAGCACCCGUCCUCCGCUGUGCUUUAUCACACCGAGGUGGCCUAUGACCCGGAGGGCAUCCUGGGGACCAUCAACUCCAUUGUGAUGGCGUUUUUGGGAGUUCAGGCAGGGAAGAUAUUCCUGUAUUACAAGGACCAGACCAGAGGCAUCCUGAUCAGAUUCGCUGCCUGGGGUUGUCUUCUUGGGCUUGUUUCUGUGGCUCUGACGAAAGCAUCUGAAAAUGAAGGCUUUAUUCCAGUAAACAAAAACCUCUGGUCCGUCUCCUACGUCACCACGCUGAGCUCCUUGGCCUUCCUCAUCCUGCUGGCCCUGUAUCCCGUGGUGGAUGUCAAGGGGCUGUGGACCGGAGCCCCGUUCUUCUACCCGGGGAUGAACUCGAUCCUGGUGUACGUGGGCCACGAGGUCUUCGCCAACUACUUCCCCUUCCAGUGGAAGCUGGGCGACCAGCAGUCCCACAAGGAGCACCUCGUGCAGAACGCGGUCGCCACCGCCCUGUGGGUGCUCAUCGCCUACGUCCUCUAUAAGAAGAAGGUGUUCUGGAAGAUCUGAGGCCCCGGCCGAGAUGUGUCUCUGGCAGAACGACUGGGCCCCGGGAUCACUGACAGGAGUCCUUGCUUGUGAAACGGAAGGGCUGUGUGUUCCCCGGUUCAGGGGCCCAUGCGGAUGUGCUCAGGCUGGUUGACGGGGACACGGCUCACCCACCUCUGCCUGCAUACGCGGAACUCAAACAGCCGAACCGUCAUUGUCUUCUCUCCAUCUGCCGUGUAACGGAUGCCUCUGGAACUUCAUUCUAAGGAAUGAAGGGGAUGGCCAGGCCACUUUGCGUCUGUGUCGGAUAAAGCCACCUCAGGUCUGCUCUCACUGACCGCGUUUCCUGCAGAUUUGUCUUUCCACGCAUGUCCACAGAGACCAAGACGCCACCAUCGCUGCCGUGUCUGACUGAAGCUCACUGGGUGUCAUGUACAGUAACAUAGUCUACUAUAUUUUGGUUACAUACAGUUUAAUAUUCCAAGAAAGUCCAAGUAACAUCCUUUCAGCUUCAUAAGGUAUGGAUGGGCCCCAAAAAAUGCCUUUCCCUCAGAAGCCAUGUUCUGCAUUUCCCCACUUGAAAAGUAAGUGAAACUGUGGAUGUGUGAUUCCCGGCCACCCUCACCAACAGUUACCUACUUAGGCACCUCCCCGAGCCCAUCACCUUCCCGUCUGUCUGCCCACCCGCCUCCCAGCCGUCUGUCCGUCUGUGUAUCUGGAGGGGAGGGCUCCCCAGAGCCAUCCUCCGUCUCUGGGAAGAGAGGAGCCCACGCGCUCUGCCUUCCUCACUGGGCAGGUCCUCUCCAGCCCCGAGACCCAGUGGGGUGGGAGACGUCAGUGGCUUUCCUGAAGUCCUUAGGAGAGAUCGUUUUGUUACUGAAAACGCUUCAAAAUAAAUGAUAAGUUUAAAAAGCUCU